AAACGGGCCAGGCACAUACAGCGCAUGAACACCACGGACCGUAUCCAUAACGCACCUGGAGAUACUGCAGAAGAAGUUAACAUGGGAUGGACAAUCUAACGACAACCAAGAUUGUAAAUGCUGGUGGCGGUGGGGGCGCUGGUGGCAUGGUCGUCAAAGAAACAGUAACCACAACAACCCGGUUGACAUCACUGCCGCCAAAGGGCGUCACUAGCUCAGUCGUCUCCAGCCAGAAGAGUGUUUCGUCCAGCAGUUCUAGCGGAGGUUCUGUUGUGGAGAGGAAGCUCAUCACUCAGAGCGGUGGCAGCAGCAGCAGUAGCUAUCCCAUAAAAUCCUCAUGUCUCUCUUCAAGUAGUGGGCUGCUCUCUACUGGAGUAGGAGAGUCUACCAGUAGAGCCGUCACAGGAGGCAGUAGCUCAGUGCUAGUAUCCUCCUCAUCUGGUAGUUCCUCCUCUGCUGCAGCCGGGGCCUCGUUUGGGGCUAGCAAGACCAGCGGCUCCCUCUCCAUCUCUGGUGGUGGUCUUAGCUCCAGCUCCAGUUCCAGUUUUUUCACUGGUUCCAGUUCUGGUGGUUCCAAUUCUGGUUUUGUCUCUAGUUCCAAAGGAGCAGGAGGAGGAGGAGGAGGCAGUUCCGUCACUGAUUACAGUUCUGGUUCUAGUUCUGGUUUUGCCUCUAGUUCUGGUACCGGUAUCGGAGGAGGGGGUUCUUCUAGAGCCAAAAUGUCGGCCGGCGGCUUGGGCUCUGUGACCGUUUCCACAGUUACCAAGUCCAACUACAGUUCUUUGGCAGGGGUGGGGUCAGGGAGCGUGAAGAGGGGCGGGGCACAGGGGUCUGCAUCCUCUGCUGUCAGCUACUCCCCCACCCCCACAGAGAGAAAGAGCAUGACCACCACCAUGACCGCCCGCUCCGUGGGCUACGAAGGAAGUUCCAGUGAAAACUCAUCUCCGGAAUACACAAGGAGAGAAUAUGCUGCAGCAAGUACAGCUGCCAGUGCACCCAGCAGAGGGCGGACCAACAGCAGAGAGAGUGAGAUCAGAUGCAGACUGCAGAGUGCCUCUCCCACUGCCAAAAAAUGGACGGAGCUGGGUGAUGUGAAGCGUCUGCUGAAGGGGAGUCGCUCCAGCAGCAUCAGCCCCCCUCGCUCCCCCACCAGCACCCUCCCUAUCCCCAGGAAGGCCAGCGUGGAGACCAGAACCAUGUCAAAGUGCUCCCAUUCAGGCCAGUAUGAAAGCGCCACCCUGGACUCAGGCAUGCCUUCCUACAUGUGGUCAGGCUCCUCGGCUGGAGGCUAUGGUUACCACACCAACGCCAUCAACCUGUCCCCCACCUCCACCCUCCAACACUCACCCACCACACUCACAGCCACAGGGCUUCAGAACAACCUGGCCCUCAGCUCUACAUCCAUGAACUCUGGACUCUCCGCCUCUAGCACUGUUUACGGUAUGCAGAAUAACCUGGCCACCACCACUGGUGGUAUCCUAACAGCUAAUGGAGUCAACGCACAAACAGUCUAUGGUGUGCAGAGAAAUGUCACAAGCACAGGGGUGUCCACAACCACUGUGGCACCUGGCAGUCCUACCAGUGGAGAUGUCUUCACCAAAGACUACAAGUUCAUACUGCUGGAGAAAGAGAACGCGCCCGUCAAGAAAGAGACGGAGAGACUCAUCAUGACCAAAGAUACCGGCAAACAGUUCUCCUCUGCUGCCACUGCUAUUGCCUAUUCUGAGGACUCACUGAAGAAGGAGAAGAAGAAGGUAUCCAGCUUUGAGGAGACAGCUACAGCCAGAACCACAGAAACUAACGUGUCAACGAAACACAAGGCAACCUAUGCAGAGAUACGUAAGGACGAGUCUGGAGGAGGUCUGGGCUUCUGGUUCUGCUGCUCCUGGUGGAAGUGGCUGCUGGGCCUCCUGCUGGGUCUCCUGCUCCUCCUGGGGAUCCUCUUUGGACUCAUUGCCCUGGCCGAAGAAGUCAAACGUCUUAAAGCUCGUGUGGACGCCUUGGAACAAGCCUCCAGCUCUUCCUCAGCCCAUUCUAGUCGCCUCUCCUCCUCCUCAGCCAUCAACAUCAUAGACCCUCUGGAGUCUGCAUACAUAGACAAGACCUCUUUCUCCUCUACCACACUGCUCCGCUCUGAUAAUGGUAUCAAUCUGGGAGCAUCAGCAGGAGCAGGUCCAGGAACAGCCACUGGACCAGGCCAGGACCCUGUAGCUCUGCAGAGGGCAGUACAGCAGAUAGUCAGGACGGAGCUGCAGUCCGAUACUGUACGAGCAACACUUGCACACUCAAUGAAAGGAGCAAGAGGAGAACCUGGGACCAAAGGUGACCAAGGUGGUCCAGGAGUCAAAGGUGAUAAUGGAUUCCCUGGCCUACCAGGUCCACCAGGUCAGAUGGGUCACAGUGGACAGGAGGGCCCGAGGGGACCUAAAGGAAAUGCAGGUGAAGCUGGUGCAGAGGGCCUCCCAGGGCAGAGGGGCCGAGAAGGACCAACGGGAUCACGUGGAGAGCCUGGUCCUCCAGGGUUUGGAGAGAAAGGGGACAGAGGUUCUCCUGGUGAACCCGGAGGCUCCGGACCUGCUGGCACUGCUGGGCCUGUUGGACCUAAAGGGUCAAUGGGUGCUCAGGGUGCUACAGGUAUCCCAGGAACUCCUGGUCCACAGGGUUUCCGAGGUGAAGCAGGCGCUCCAGGACCAAAAGGCGAGAAGGGACCAGCUGGACCUCCAGGAAAUAAGGGUGAGACAGGAGAGAAAGGACCCCGCGGACUAUCAGGUGACCCAGGUCAAAGAGGACUUCCAGGACCAGAGGGAGCAAAGGGAUGCAAAGGACCUGCAGGAGCUCCCGGGGCUGAUGGGGAAAAAGGCUCUAGAGGUGACAAGGGAUCAGAUGGGCUGCCAGGUCCCAGAGGACCAGCAGGACCUCCAGGAGAUACAGGCCUCCCAGGCAUUCCCGGGCUUCAAGGUCCACCAGGUAUACCAGGUAAUCCUGGUCAGUCUGGAGCUAAAGGCGAAGCCGGAGAACCUGGUAGAGUCAUCAAUGCAGCUGGUUCCAGUUCGGUAGCCAUGCCCGGACCUCCAGGCAGCCCCGGACCACCUGGUGCUGCCGGAUCCCCUGGACUCUCAGGUCCUGUUGGCCCUGCUGGUCUUCCUGGAACGCCUGGUCCCAAGGGAGAAAAGGGAGAGGAAGGAGAGAAGGGAGAUGAGGGAAAGCCUGGUAUUACUGUACAGACUGUGGAAACCAGCGAGAAACGUUCACCUGUGGCUGGUCUUCCUGGCCCUCCAGGGCCCCCAGGAGAACCAGGUGCCCAGGGUCCUCUAGGUAAGGGUCUCCCAGGUCCUGAAGGUCCUCGAGGAGAGCCAGGUGUACCAGGUGUUGGCGUACCCGGCCCCCAAGGAGAGAAGGGAGAGCCAGGUAGCUUCGUGCCCAACUCAGGAACCUUCUUCGCUGGGCCACCAGGACCUGCUGGCCCAACUGGUCUUCCGGGAUCACCAGGACCCCAGGGUUACCAAGGUGACCCAGGUCAGCCCGGUUUACCAGGAGUUCGCGGAGAUCCCGGUGUCGGUUUCCCUGGACCCCAGGGACGACCUGGAGGUCCAGGACCAGAAGGGGACAGUGGACCUCCAGGGCCCCAAGGUCCAGAGGGCCCUGAGGGGCAGCAGGGUCCCAAAGGUGAGGCUGGCGUUCCAGGUGCUCCAGGAAUCCCUGGCUACUCCAGUGGUGGAUCAUCCAGGAGUUCCCCUGGAGCACCAGGCCCACCUGGACCUCCUGGGGCCCCCGGCCGCGAUGGGCCACCUGGGUCUGGGGCUGGAACACCGGAUGUCCGUCAAUACAUCACAGAAUACCUCAAGAGCAAUGGUGUCAGGGAGUACAUGUCGGGUCCUCCGGGUCCUCCUGGCGCACCGGGGCCCCCUGGUGGUGGAUCAGUGGAGUCAGUGGACGACCUUGUUAGUCGAGUCAUCGCAUACAUCCAGAGUGGAGGUAUUGCUAGUGGGGUGCCUGGACCUCCAGGCCCACCUGGCGCACCAGGCGGAGGCGGUAUAUCGCUAGAAGACAUCAUCAGCCUUCUACAGAGGGAGGAAGUGCGGCGUUACGUCAUCGGUCCUCCUGGCCCUGCUGGACCUCCUGGCAUCCCAGGGAUCCCAUGGAGAGGUGGCUAUGGCUUUAACACCCAUGAGGUGGCUGGACGAGUCCUCACUCUAAUGAAUGAGCAGGGUAUGGUGGGCGUGCUCGGACCCCCUGGACCUCCCGGCCCACCAGGCCUACCUGGGUCUUAUGGUGACAUCUCUUAUCUUCUGCAAAGUAAGAGCUCUGACUAG